CUGUUGCCAUGGCCAGGCUGAGAGUAGCCAUGCAAACAUGGUGGAGUGGCACAAGCACCGUAACAGGGCGCUGCAGGAAUUCAGCACGUGUGGCUGGCUUCGCGGGGCGUUUUUCUCGACUGCGACUUCCUACACAGAUGUGUUUCGUUUCUGUAGAGGGUGGUGGCACCACGCUCGGAAGGUUGUACGGUGGAGCAGGGACAAGGCCAGCACCGCACUUGCCUUUAUAAAAGGACAUAGAGCAGGCGGGCUUGAGCAUCCCAGAAGGACAAAAAGCACUCUGUAGACAGCCAGCGAUGCCCGCCCGGGCUGCAGCACUGGCGCCCGCGGGCGCUGACACGGAGCUGAUCCCGGGGCUGACUGAAUGUGCCUGUCCCAGUCUCCCUGGCUAUUCCACCGGCGGGCUGAGGGCACACAGGGUGCCGCGGCCAUUCUGGAACAGCCAGCAGAGAACAACCUGGAGCUCCACGCCCGUGUUGCGGGGGUUUGCCGGUGCUCUCCGCCGCAGCCAUCCGGCCUCGGGCGGACGAGAUGCACAGGGCCGGGAGCUCCGCGGGCCCCGCCGGUCUCUUCCCGCCUCCCGGGGGCGGUGCCGGCGGCGGGGGCGGAGCGCCGGGCUCACCUGGGCGACACCGCCCGCCCGCUCCGCCCCAGCCGCGGCCGCGGGGACGCGGGCGCUUCUCCGCUCCCGGGGCGCCGGGUCCGGCCGCGCCCCCGAGCCCGGGCGGCCUCCGCAGCUGGAGCGCCGCCUCCCCGCUGGUGGGGACAGCACCGGGCUCCGAGCGGCAGGAGGAGGAGGAAGGAGAGGCGGCGGGCGGGCUCCGCGGCGCGGCCUCCGCGCCCUCCCCGUCCCGAUCGCGGCCCCGCCUGCGCCCGCUCCCCGCCGGGUGGGCGCGAUGUCGGCGCGGCGGCGGCGGAGGGCGGCUGCCGAGCAGGACGAGGAGGAGGAAGAAGAGGAUGAGGCGGCGGAGGCGGGUAGCGACAAGGAAGUGGAUUUGGAAGAAAGACUUCGUGAGUUGGACCUCAGAAAUGAUUCAGAUAUUCCUGAUGUUCCUCCACCAACAGACAGCACUCCAGAAAUCCUCAAGAAGGCUUUGUCAGGCUUGUCUGCCAGAUGGAAAAAUUGGUGGAUCCGUGGAAUUCUCACCCUAGCUAUGAUUUCUGGGUUUUUUCUGAUCAUAUAUCUGGGUUCCUUUAUGCUGAUGCUUCUGGUCUUAAGCAUCCAAGUAAAGUGUUACCAUGAAAUCAUUACUAUUGGUUACAGAGUCUACCACUCAUAUGAUUUACCRUGGUUUAGAUCCCUCAGCUGGUACUUCUUGCUGUGUGUGAACUACUUCUUUUAUGGAGAGACUGUAGCUGAUUACUUUGCUACAUUUGUGCAAAGAAGAGAACAGCUUCAAUUCCUCAUCCGUUACCACAGGUUUAUAUCUUUUGCACUCUAUUUAACAGGAUUCUGCAUGUUUGUUUUGAGUUUAGUGAAGAAACAUUAUCGUCUGCAGUUUUACAUGUUCGCAUGGACUCAUGUCACUUUGCUGAUCACUGUAACUCAAUCUCAUCUUGUCAUCCAAAAUCUCUUUGAAGGCAUGAUCUGGUUUUUGGUUCCAAUUUCAAGUGUUAUCUGCAAUGACAUUACCGCUUAUAUUUUUGGAUUCUUCUUUGGCAGAACUCCAUUAAUUAAGCUGUCUCCCAAGAAGACCUGGGAAGGCUUCAUCGGAGGCUUCUUUUCCACUGUUGUAUUUGGAUUUAUUUUUUCCUAUUUUUUGGCUCAAUAUCAGUACUUUGUCUGCCCUGUGGAAUACAACAGUGAAACCAACAGAUUUGUGACAGAGUGUGAACCUUCAGAGCUCUUUCAAAUGAAGAAGUACUCUGUGCCACCAUUGCUUCAGGCUGUGUUGGGAUGGGAAACGGUGAAUAUGUACCCAUUUCAGAUGCACAGCUUUGCACUGUCAACAUUUGCCUCAUUAAUUGGGCCAUUUGGAGGAUUCUUUGCCAGUGGAUUUAAAAGAGCUUUCAAAAUCAAGGAUUUUGCAGACACGAUCCCUGGGCAUGGUGGGAUAAUGGAUCGCUUUGAUUGUCAGUACUUGAUGGCCACUUUUGUUCAUGUCUAUAUCACCAGUUUCAUAAGGGGUCCAAAUCCCAGCAAAUUACUGAAACAGCUGUUGAUACUUCAGCCUGAGCAACAAUUAAGUGUGUAUAAAACCCUGAAAUCUCACCUCGUUGAAAAAGGGAUCCUGCAGCCAUCUCUAAGAGUAUAGUUAGUCAAAACAGAGGACUGGAAGAAAACUCCAUUUAUAAGAAGCCUGUGGAAAAAYAUUGCAAAAGUGCACAUAAAUAGUGGCUAAAGGAAGAGUAGUUUUUGGUCUGGAAAAGGUGAAUGUUUCCUGAAUUGAAUGUGAAUGCUAUGACCUCCUGCUAGGACACUAAAGAUCUCUUACUCCUAACAUAACUCAAAAAUUCAAAUGCUUACAAAGUAAUGGUACUCAUGCUGUGUAUUUUAGUUCCUGCGAUGGAUGGCAGCAAUCKUUCUUCAGCACCCAGCAUGACAGUCUUUGUAAUUAAGAAAAAGUUAAUGAAAUUCAGUGUAGUUUUUAAUGAGUUAUUUAAAACUGUAUAUCUUGGCAAUACCUUUUUGGUCCCCAAUGGUUACUGAAGUGUAAACACAUCAAGAAGGCAAUAACUUCUAUAUAGGCUGGUGCUGAAAUUACCAAUCARAGUUGGCCAGAAAACACUUGUUAGCCUGGUGAAAGAAGUACUUAGAGCCUGCUGUACCAGGCUACUUGCAUUUACUUAAUUUUUAUGAAGAUUAAACCUA